CUGGCACGAACUGAUACGUAAAUAGCGAUAACGAAAAUGUGCGGCUCGCCAUGGCGGUUUUUGAGAAGAAAAAAAUCUUGAAAGUGACACUAGACGACACUGUAAAUCUUUCGUGUGUGAUCGAAACUGCAGAGAAGAAAACGGACCACAUUGCAUAUACUCUUCAUGUUCAGAGAGGUCCAAAGCCAGAGAAUUCAUGGACACUUACCAAAAGAUAUAGUGACUUUGCAUCCCUCGAUUCACAGCUCAAGAUUUCCAAUAUAGAAAUUCCUCUGCCUCCAAAGAAAGUGUUUGGAAAUUUCAGUCGUGAGUUUGUAGCAGAGCGACAACAAGGUCUACAGACUUACUUGAAUGCAGUGCUUGCUGAACCUUUACUAGCUAGGUCAGUCUUUGUUAAACAAUUCCUCGAUACCAACAAUUAUGCUGACAACAUUCCAGUUCUUGCCCUCCAACAUGUGUCGAUGGUGUUCCGGUCGGAGAAGCGGUGGGAGGUGGUGGAGACAAUACCAGACUUGGGCACAAGGUUACGUAAGACCUACGUAUUGGUGAAGCCUGUCGACCAGCCGAAACAGAGACAGCUCUUGUCCUGGGUUGACUUCGGACCAGACAAGAACAUUCCAGAUAAAGAGUUGACUGCAAUCCUAAAACUGUUUCCUUCAAUACAGCAUCCCUACAUCCUUCCCUACCCAUUUGCUGGAUGUAGUGAGAGUGGGGGAAUGGUGAUCCAGGACUACAUCGAGCGUGGGACGAUGAGGGAUAUGUUGUGUAAAUGUAAACCAAGGUCUCACUACUUAAAAAAGUACUGUAAACCAAAGAAUGUAAUGCCUGUAGACUUAAGUGUGGUGAAAAUCCUGGGGCGCAUGAUCCUAGAGAGUUUACAGUUCCUGCAUGAUAAGGGACUACCUUACGGUCACCUUCAUGCUGGUAACCUGCUGUUUAAUGGUAAGAAGUGUCAGCUGCUGGAGCUACACAACUCACUGUUGGGUCUGCCAUCAUAUUACAGACCUUUUUUUAUACAGUUCAAAAAAAUAAAGACAACUGAGAUAGUGGAUGUUUACUGUUUUGGACAUCUGUUAUUUGAGAUGUACUUUGGUGAGCAGUUGAAGCAGCCAACAUGUGAUAGAUUUCCCCCAGACUGUCCGCCUCAACUCCGAUCAGUCUUGGAGUCAAUUUUGACAACAGAAGCUUGUAAGAAUGGUCUGCCUACAGUGCAAGAUUUGUUGUCCCACACACUAUUUAGUGAUGUCACACUCCCUGCAACAGACAAACCCAUCCUUAAGAUCCCCAGCAAAUUGAAGGAGGCUAUCCGCCAGGCUAAGGAGGAAAUGGAAGGUCGCCUUCAGGAAGAACAGAAAGUUUUUCACAAAAUCAAGAGGAUUUCUAAAGCCAAGGAAUUCCACAUGUCUGAGGAAGAAAAAAAGAAAAGAAGAAAGUCCAAGAAGAAAGCAUCAGAGAAUGGAGUACCAGACCAAGCCACUGCCAGCUCAUCAGACUCCACUGUAUCAUCCAGUAGCUCGUCAACAAAGACGGCGCCAGCAUCUGUACCAGCACCUCCACCCCCACCUCCAUCUAAUCCUCCCUCUGCUGGGGCUCCGGCCCCACCUCCCCCUCCACCUCCUCCAGCUGCUGGUGCCCCUGCACCCCCACCCCCACCUCCAACUGCCCCCUCUGGAAAAACACAACCGUCUGCGACUGGACAGAGAGGGGCUCUCCUUAGCUCUAUCAACGGCUUCAAUAAGGGAGGGCUGAAGAAGUGUGUCACCGUCGACAAGAGUGGUCCAAAGCUUUGACAUCUUACAGUGCUAAAGGUUACUAUAUAUGUUGUAAACUCUUUAUCAAUUGUUUGACUUGGUGAAUAUUUUUUCAUCACAGGGGUCUGAAUUGUUUCAUCAUAUUUAUAUUGAUUUUAGAAAAGUGCUUAAUUCUUACCUCAGUAAUGAGAUAUCUGACAUCAUUCUGUCAGCAUUUGAUUUCAAAAGAUUUCUAAACCAGCUGACUACACUGGUGAGAUUUAAGGGAAAUCAGCAAUGUAUAAGAAGGUGAAGGGAAUAUCAACAGUGUAUUAGUAGGUCAAGAGGAAUUCAGCUGGGUUUAAGUAGGUCAAGGGAAAUCAGCUGUGUGUAAGUAGGUCAAGGGGAAAUCAGCAUUUUAUAAGUAGGUCAAAGAAAAUCAGCAGUGUAUAACUAGGUCAAGAGGAAAUCAGCAGUGUAUAAGUAGGCCAAGGGAAAUCAGCUGUGUAUAAGUAGGUCAAGGGGAAAUCAGCAGUUUAUAAGUAGGACAAGGGAAAUCAGCAGUGUAUAAGAAGGUCAGGAAUGUACGAGACAGUGCAUGAUUAUUGUCUAUAGAAACAACAUAUUUGAUGUUACAAUAUAGACCCCUGUGUGUUUGAUUAUUUGUGGAUCAGAGUAUGUCUGAUAUUAUCCGUUCAAUUUCUCAUUUAUUAAUAGAUAUAUAAUGAUAGGAAUGAAUGAUGAUGAUGAUUACUGUAGCCUGUAGUUGAUUUAUGGCAGAAAGUGAACUUCCUAUGAUAAUCAACACUUUUAUCAGUAAUACUAUGUGUAGGAUAUAGGACAUGAGACAUAUAUUAUUAAAGGUAUUUUACAUGAGUUCUUGUAUGAUCCGAAACAUAGUGUGGGAGUGAUAGUAAAUAUAUACAGGUAUUACUCACUUACCAAAACCAAUAU